UAGCUAUAAAACUGUGACGCCGAGUUGUCACAAUACAAACAUGGCGACAAGGGUGUUCGUUUAAAGCGCAGCGACGCGUUUUCACUGCCUCUCGACUACGACGAAUCUUAAUUGCUGCCGGUGACAACGAAGAACACCAUGGGCAAUGCUGACACAAAGUUGAACUUCCGGAAGGCCGUAGUGCAAUUGACGUCGAAAACUCAGAUAAUCGAGGCAUCUGACGAUAUAUUCUGGGAUCAGUUCUGGUCCGAGAAUGUGACCAAUGUUCAGGACAUCUUUACUCUGAUACCAGCUGCAGAGAUUCGUGUAUUGAGGGAAGAAGCGCCUUCCAAUUUAGCUACGUUAUGCUACAAGGCAGUCGAGAAGUUAGUCAAGGCAGUGGAUAGCAGCUGCAGGACUCAGAGGGAGCAUCAAACUGUCCUUAACUGCUGUCGCUUGCUGACACGUUUGUUACCCUACAUAUUUGAGGAUCCCGAUUGGAAGAGCUUCUUUUGGUCCAGUUUACCUGGUAAAGAUGACGAGGAAAGUCUACCACUGGCACAUUCUCUGCUGAAUGCGCUCUGUGAUCUAUUGUUUUGCCCUGACUUUACUGUAGCUGCAAACAGGAAAUCCGGUCCGGACAAAGCCGAUGAAUUGCAGUCAAUAGACAGCUGCGAAUAUAUCUGGGAAGCGGGUGUAGGCUUUGCAUACUCGCCACCCAGGUAUCCCAUCCUCGAUUCCAAUCGCACGGAAUUAUUGAAGCUCCUGUUGACAUGUUUCAGCGAAACCAUGUACAAUCCGCCGACAGACCUGUCGAUCACGCCGAACAGGUGGAUUCAGCAUUUGACUAGCAGUGAAAACAGACACGCUUUACCCAUGUUUACAUCGCUUUUGAAUACAGUAUGUGCAUAUGAUCCUGUUGGAUAUGGAGUGCCAUACAAUCACUUGUUAUUCACUGAUUCCUUGGAACCGCUGGUUGAUGUCGCGCUGCAAAUUUUGAUUGUAACUUUGGAUCACGAUACCACUGGUGGUGCGCCAUUAGAGGAGGGGGCUAUCGGAGAUAAUUUGUUUAUUAAUUAUUUAAGUCGAAUUCAUCGUGAUGAAGAUUUCCUAUUUGUUCUGAAGGGUAUUACUAGACUGUUGAACAAUCCAUUGAUGCAAACGUAUCUGCCGAAUUCGACCAAGAAAGUGCACUUUCAUCAGGAACUGCUAGUCUUCUUUUGGAAGAUGUGUGAUUACAACAAGAAGUUCUUAUAUUACGUGCUAAAGAGCUCAGAUGUUCUCGAGGUUCUCGUGCCAAUUCUUUAUCAUUUAAACGACUCGCGUGCUGAUCAAUCACGAGUUGGUUUAAUGCACAUUGGUGUAUUUAUUUUACUUCUAUUGAGCGGAGAACGUAAUUUCGGGGUGAGGUUGAAUAAGCCGUAUACAGCUACAGUGCCUAUGGAUAUUCCCGUUUUUACAGGAACGCAUGCCGAUCUCUUAAUCACCGUAUUCCAUAAAAUUAUUACGACCGGCCAUCAGAGACUACAACCACUGUUCGACUGUCUACUAACAAUUCUAGUCAAUGUCUCGCCGUACCUUAAAACACUGUCCAUGGUAGCUAGUACAAAAUUACUCCAUUUGUUAGAGGCAUUUAGUACACCGUGGUUCCUUUUCUCGGCGCCCACUAAUCACCAUUUGGUGUUCUUUUUGCUUGAGAUCUUUAACAAUAUUAUCCAGUAUCAAUUCGAUGGAAACAGUAAUUUAGUUUAUACUAUAAUACGCAAACGGCAAGUGUUCCAUGCACUCGCCAAUCUACCUAGUGAUUGCAAUACGAUUGCGAAGUCUCUUAGUAAAAGGCAACGUCGUCACAUGCCUGCGAGUACGUCAAACGAGAAUGUCAGUGAAGCUGCGAUGGAAGGAUCACAUCCUGCGCAACCUGCCGAACCCGGUACUUUGAAGGCAUCCUUGUUGGAGACUCCUGGUAUCGAAAAGAUGACGGAAAAGGAAUCGGCGCAUCCACUGAGUCCAUCGGCCAGUGUUGAUAUUGGUAAAUCAAUCAGUAAUCUAUCGGAUAGCAAGAUCGAUAUCGCAGAUGAAUCGAUGAACACGACUAAGAAUUCUGUAGUGCCGAGGGGUGGCAUUCGUGUGACCGAGGAGGCAAACAAUGUCAAUAAUGUUAACCAGUGGGUACCGUCCAGCGACUGGGUAUACCAGUGGAAGAGCAAGCUGCCGCUGCAGACUAUCAUGCGAUUGCUUCAGGUCCUUGUUCCACAAGUCGAGAAGAUCUGCAUCGACAAGGGAUUGACAGACGAGAGCGAGAUUCUGAAAUUCCUACAACAUGGUACCCUCGUCGGUUUGCUGCCAGUGCCGCAUCCUAUCCUCAUCAGGCGAUAUCAGGCCAACGCCGGCACGACCGCUUGGUUUCGUACGUAUAUGUGGGGUGUUAUAUAUCUGAGAAAUGUCGAACCACCCAUAUGGUACGAUACGGAUGUUAAGCUAUUCGAGAUUCAGAGGGUUUAGAUAACAAUCAUUAAAAGGUUUGUUACCAUUCGCACUUUUUGAAAUACUGUUUUAUUGGCAGUGCGCAAGAAAGAGUCUCAUCGAACUCGUUAUUGUGUAUCAUAUAUUAUUGUUUUUGAAUAUUAAUUAAAACUGAAGGAUUUAAUGCUGUUUUUAUAAGAACUCGAGGAUAUAUAGAAAUAACGUCUUUAACUUUAAUUUUUUUAAUAAAUUUAAUUAAACAUGUAUAAUUAUGAAAAAAAUGGUUUUUUGAGAUCUUAUGAAAACCUGUUAAAUCAUUAAAAUCCUUUGGUUAACUGAAAUUUAAUCGAUUCUUCGUCUUUUUGGCUUAAUUAAGACAAAAAUCCAAUAAAAAAUUAAUUUCCCUAAAUUAAUUUAAGUGAUUUCGUCGAUAGUUGUUACCAUUUCUUCUAGUUAAAUCAGUUUUUAAUAAAUAAGAAAGAGGGAGAAUCAAUUAAAUGUCGGUUAAUUUUGACCAAUGUUUAACGCAAUUUAACGAGACACAGCGCGACCAAGUCACACGCACCUUCGUUUUCGAUUACUUUUUACACGGUGAGAGUCUUUAAAGUACUUUCAUUUUGAUGUAACCACAUGUACUGUAUACAAGAUCGUAAACAUCGUUUACAAUCAGUAUCAUACUGAUUUAUUAUUAUUAUUAUUAUUAUUAUUAUUAUUAUUAUUAUUAUUAUUAUUAUUAUUAUUAUUGUAUCCCGAAGACUGUAACCUCGUUUGUAUCAUAGUAAUAUACAUAUAUACAUAUUGUCAGUAAAUGGAAAAUAUAUCGUCGAUCUUAAGGAAAAGUCCACUAAUUUAAUAGACUACAAAAGAGCGGACUAUAAGUAAAAAAAUUAUAUUUAAACUUUACUCAUAUACAUUUCUUCGCAUUUUUAUAUAUUUAUGUACAUAUAUAAUUUGACUAUUAUCAAUCAUAAUUUAUAUUUUUACAGUUUUAUGAUUUAUAUUAUCAAUGAUGAUUAUAUAAUAACUAUUCCUAAAACAAUUAGGUAUAUAAUUAUAUUCUCAAAAAAAGACAAAAACAUUCGAUAAUUGUUUCAUUAAGACCGGCGAUAUCGUAGAAUGAUUAUCGUUAUUAAAUCUAGACAAUUCAUUUUUCGCAAUAUGUGUAGCUGUGCUUUUCAAAAUAAUGAUUUUAUUCGCUUUUGCACCUGUUGUAUAUUUCGUAAACAGCUGUAAAUUAAACACUUAAAUGCUUAUUUUGGAAACUAUUUCGCAUUUUCGCGAAAAUUAGAUCUGUAUAAUAAAAAUUCCGGGUUCGUUUUUAUUACACUUAUCGCAACAUGCGGCCUUUCUUUUUUUGUUAUUCGUGUAUGCAAAUUCAUUUAUUAAGAAUGUAAAGAAAAAAGGAUUCGAUGAAAAUGCUUUUUAUAAACGAAACAUCGGCGCGCAGCAAAUCGAUUGUGAUUUUAUUAAAUUAUGACUUGAUAUAGGAAAACCUACAUUCUUUUGCUCGUCUUAGACUGCACUUUCUUAGAUUUUCUAUGAUCUAAAAUGAAUGUAUACGUAGGUUCCUUAAGAUAAAGAAAUAAACCAAUAAAGUAUACAAGCAAAAUUCAUAUUCUCUCUCCAAUUUUUAUAUUUUUUAAAUUUUCGCUUAGCAAUACCUUUUUUUUGAACGAAUGAAUAAUUUAUCGCAUGGAGAGAAAAAAAAUAUAUAAAAUAUAUAAAAUUCGCAAUCGUUUUUUUUCUUUGAUUUUAUCAUAAAUUUUAGAAAAGAGGAAUUUAAAUUUUGCUUUUUUAUCUUUUAAAUAAAAAUGGGAUUGUAAGAUUGCAGUUAAAAAUGACAAUGAGUUUUGUACAUUACAGUACACUUGCGAUUUACAAUUACGAAGAACAUCCAAACGGGAUGUUCUCACAUCAUGUAUUAUAUGUAGCUGUUCUUAAAUAUACCGAGUUAUGACAUAAA